UUAGUAUCCCGGAACCUCGUGCGCGGGGUCCCGGCAGCAGCGUGCUCCGGGAAGUGUUUGGGCUGUGCACCGCCCUGCGCCAUGCCCUUCAGCGGCGUUCUCGGAGGAGAAAGCUCGCGGCGUACGCCCAGGCAGUGGUUUUCUUUGUAUUUGGCGGUCCGAGGCCAGGCCUCAAGUGGGAACGGCGUCACCAUGAUGAGCGGAAGGCCGGGCCGAGUGCCCUUACAGUUCUUGCCGGAUGAGGCCCGGAGCCUUCCCCCGCCCAAGCUGACCGACCCGCGGCUCGCCUACAUCGGCUUCUUGGGCUACUGUUCCGGCCUGCUUGAUAACGCGAUCCGGCGGAGGCCGGUGGUGUCUGCGGGUUUGCAUCGCCAGCUCCUAUAUGUUACUUCCUUUGUCUUUAUUGGAUAUUAUCUUUUAAAACGUCAAGACUAUAUGUAUGCUGUGAAGGACCAUGAUAUGUUUGCUUAUGUAAAAUCACAUCCAGAGGAUUUUCCUGAAAAAGCGUUCGUUUCACCUCUGCCUUCAACCUUACCGAAGAUCAGGUCUCUGGAUAAAUGUGGAUAUGCCUAA